CAUGUUUUUGUAAAACAUAAACAAAGCAGCCGCAACACGUGCAUUUCAUUCGGUCUCGUUUAGUUUAAUAAAAAGAGUCUAAAUAAUGGAAUUAUUUACUGUUAACAGAUAUACCGAGGAUGUGAAGGAACAAAAAGAUCGGGCCCAAGGCACCAACAACGAGGAUGAAAUACUGCAAAAAUUGCUUAAGAAGGCUGCAAAACGCAAGAGGAAACACGAAGCCAUAGAAGCUGUAGAAACACCUAUCACGGAAAAAGAAACCUCAGAGGUUAAGGAGGCGGAAUCCAAGGAGGAGCAGGUGGAAGAACUAGAAAAGCCCGUAGAAGUUGUCCAAGAGCAAGAUGUUCCGUCUAAUGAGUUUCAAGUUCUUGGAGACGAUGAUUCCGCGGCCAAGAAGAAGAAAGUGAAUAUGCAGCUGCCCAAUUGGCUGGCACAUCCAACCAUCAUCGAAGGCGGAAGCCUGCAGCCGGAGGAGGAAGUGCCAGCCUCCGAGGCAAUUGAUCAACUCGAUUACCUGGAGAAGUACACAUGUCAAGCUCUCAAGCAGAUGAAGAUUAAGCGGCUUUUUCCAGUUCAAAAGCAGGUCAUCCCAUGGAUCCUGGAGGCACACGCUAAGCCACCUCCCUUUCGUCCCCGAGAUAUUUGUGUAUCUGCUCCUACGGGCAGUGGAAAAACCCUGGCCUUUGCCAUACCGAUUGUCCAGUUGCUAUCGCAGCGUGUGGAUUGUAAAGUCAGGGCUUUAGUCGUCCUCCCUGUGGCAGAGCUGGCCCUACAGGUUUACCGUGUGAUCAGUGCGUUGUGCAGCAAAACGGAUCUGGAAGUUUGCCUUCUAUCCAAGCAGCACAAACUAGAGGAUGAGCAGGAGAAGCUGGUGGAGCAAUACAAAGGAAAAUACUACUCCAAGGCAGACAUUGUGGUGACCACACCAGGCCGCUUGGUUGACCAUUUGCACGCCACGAAAGGGUUCUGCCUGAAGAGCCUAAAAUUUCUGAUCAUUGACGAGGCCGAUCGAAUAAUGGAUGCAGUUUUCCAAAACUGGCUUUAUCAUCUGGACAGUCAUGUAAAGGAGACCACCGACCAGCUGCUGGCCGGCACUCAAGCACCUCUAUGCUAUGCAGAACUUCAAGCCAGCUUUGGCAAGCAACCACAUAAGCUCCUGUUCUCGGCGACAUUGUCUCAAGAUCCCGAGAAGCUGCAGGAUCUACGACUCUUUCAGCCUCGUCUGUUCGCCACUGUGCUUACCAUGCCCGCGUUGAAGGACGCAACGGAAGAAGGUUCAGAUACCGAAGCGCAUACGGAUCCAGGACAAUUUGUGGGCAAAUACACAACGCCGGCGGAGUUAACCGAGCAGUACUGUGUGACGGAGCUGCGACUGAAACCCCUCACUGUUUUUGCCUUGGUGGAAAAGUACAAAUGGAAGCGAUUCUUGUGCUUCACCAACAGUUCGGAUCAGGCAUCUCGACUAACAUUCGUGCUUAAAGUGCUAUUUCAAAAGUAUAGCACCAAAGUGUCUGAAUUGUCGGGAAAUCUCUCGGCUAAGGUUCGAGAGGAAAGACUAAGGGACUUUGCUGCUGGGAAAAUCAAUGGACUGAUCUGCUCAGAUGCACUGGCGCGUGGUAUCGAUGUGGCAGACGUAGAUGUUGUGCUCUCAUAUGAGAUACCACGCCAUAUUACGACAUACAUUCAUCGAGUGGGCCGAACGGCUCGAGCGGGAAGAAAGGGCACCGCCGUCACCUUGCUCACGGAAUAUGAUACGACUUUAUUCAAGAAAAUACUUAGCGAUGCGAACAAGGGAUUGGGUGAGGAAAUCCACGUUUCUCCAGAUAUUGAGAUUCAGCAUGCGGUGGAAUACAAAGAGGCCUUAGCCGGCCUUCGCACCGAAAAGGAGAAGAAAAAGAACCAGAAGAUGGCCGAGAAGAAUCGUGUGGCCACCAAGGCCUUGAUCCACAAGAAACAGGAGGAAACGGCCACAGUUCGUCCACUGACGUUGAUGGAAAAGCUGCAAAUCAAAGCGAACGAAAUCGUGCAAUCAUCAAAGAAAUCCUCCGAAACGAAAAAUUCCAAGACCAAGGCUGACAAAACAAAAUACCAGCCAAAGGAAACCAAGAGGCAAAUCAUUGCCAAACAACGAAAGGCCAUCGAGAAGUAAAAUGUGGGAUGACUAUAUGGAAUAUGAUGUUUUAUUAAGUUUACUCAAAUAUAAUAAUGUAAAAAGUA